AUGCAAGGUUAUACCAACGAUUUAGCACUGAACUGUUACGAAUGCACAACAUUCAACUCAACAGGACUUCGCCUACCACUGGACCAGCAGUACACGCAUAAGGCAGACUGCGCCAACUCCCCUUCUCCAGAUACAUACAAAGGCAAAUCAUCCUGCCAGGGCGGAACACUGUUUAACGCAAAGUGCGUAAAAGCUGCAGGAACUGUUAAGGGGAAGACCAGAGCCGGAGCUGAUGUUGACAUCAAGGAUGGAACACUUAGAGCAUGCUUCCAGAUUCCAGUCACGUACGACAAUAAGUGUUACGAGGGUGCAGAGUCGGCUACUUUAAUUCUGAUGAUAUUUCCUGACUUAAUUCCCGAUCAGAGUAAUAUCACGGGCAAACUGUGUAUCUGCGACGGCGAUAACUGCAACAGUGGCAGUGCGGUGCGCCCUCUAGCGGCACUCCUCGCAUUGGCAUUCGUCGCCAAGCUCCUCGCGAUGUAGUAACUUUGUCAUUAUAGGCGAAAUUAGAGGGCACUAGUUUUGUAUCUUUAUGGAACAGGCAAGAGUAAAUCUUUGUGUAUUCAUCGUAAAUAACAAAAAAAUACCAUCUGAAGACUUCCACAAUGCAUAAGGUCUAUCCAGGUUUUGGGUCCAGGGUGAUUGGGAAAAUAUAUAAGGGCCUAUGAAGUGCGGCAAUUUUUUUCCGAUGCAAUCUUUGAAAUUAAAACUUUGUGUCCCAUUUAGCUUAUUUUGUCACUGUGAAUGUCCUUUUCACUUCAGGCGCCUUUUUGUUGUUAUGCUGAUACAAAUGUCCAUAUUCAUGAGUAAAUAUGUGAUGUCAUUCCAGGCAUGCAGAAACCCCAAUGUUUGCAAACAGCUAGAAUUUUGGAUAUUUUGGUAUCGUCAUUUUUUUUGGGGGGGGGGGGUGGUAAAUCGUUGUUGUGUAAGUACAUGGCAGAAAGCCAACGAUCAACCCUUUCUCAGAAAUGUUUUCAAUAAGCAAAUUUUGGGUUCACCAUUUCAACA